AAGCACAUUAUUUUCGGCCUUCACUGUAGACGACAUAUAAUAAUGACAUUCAGUUCUGGCAAUGCUGUUCUGAGAGCGUCAUGGAAUGAUAGGCAGCCAACUUCAAGUGAUAUGUGGUUCUUUCCGGUUGAAUUUUUGACAGAUCAACAACUUAAAAAUGGCCAAACGCACCAAGAAGGUUGGAAUCGUUGGUAAAUAUGGUACCCGUUAUGGUGCCUCCCUGCGUAAGAUGGUCAAGAAGAUGGAAGUGACCCAGCAUUCAAAAUACACCUGCACCUUCUGCGGCAAGGACUCGAUGAAACGUGCCUGCGUUGGUAUCUGGUCCUGCAAACGCUGCAAGCGUGUCGUUGCUGGUGGCGCCUGGGUGUACUCCACCACCGCUGCUGCUUCCGUGCGCUCGGCUGUGCGUCGUCUGCGUGAAACCAAGGAACAAUAAAUUCCUACAAAAGCGAACUGGUUUUCUCAGUUCAUCUAGUAAAUAACUUAAUUUACGUGGAUUUGGCGCGGUUCGCGCUAUACCAAAUUGAGGUUUGGUAGUGUUGUUUGGCCGCCGGCUUAUGGACACGCAUUGUUGUACAAGGAAAAGGAAAAUAAAAGUGUUUUAUAAACAAAAA